GACAAGAGUAAGAGUAAGAGAGAGAGAGAGAGAGAAAAAGAGAGAGGGGGAAGUGGAUUGACGAAAUGAGAAAGCAAAACACAGAAUUUAGAGAUAGAGGCGUAGUCAGCUUCUAAUUUAGUUAGAGACAGACAGAGACAGGAGCGAGUUUAUAAAGAGCCAAACACCCAAACAGUAAACAAUGGACAACAGUUUAGAAGGUUUAAAUUUAUAUGACCCAGCUGUGAAGGAGCUAAAACUUUGGUACGAGACCACUGAAGACAAAGAGACCAAAGAACGACUUUUGAAAAUCUUACAGAUGCACAUCAAGCGUGACUGUUAUUCAAUGAACUUAAACACUCCAGUGACACCAGUUCGUCGGGAAAUUCUUCAGUUUACUAACACCAAUAAUUGGGAACUUUUGGCCCAGCAGAAAGUCACACAGUAUAGGCUAAGCCCUAAUAUGGCAUCGGGAGAAUGGGCAGGUCAAGUCCUCAAGAUGCUGGUCAGCAUGCAGAAAGCAAAAACUGUGAUAGAAAUUGGCAUGUUUACCGGAUUUGCAAGUUUGUCCAUGGCUGAGGCCCUUCCGGCCGAUGGACAGUUGUUUGCGUGUGACAUUGAACCCUACCUGGAGAAAUCUGGUCGCAGCUUCUUUGAUAAAAGUCCACACGGCAAGAAAAUCACCGUCAAAAUUGGCCCUGCCCUGGAGACAUUGAAGACCCUGGCAAAGGAAGGUGUAAAGGCAGACUUUAUCUUCAUUGAUGCAGACAAGUCUGGAUACGUAGAUUACUUCAAGUCAGCAUUGGACAAUAACAUAUUGGCCCCACGAGGAACCAUUGCUUUUGAUAACAUCUACUGGUUUGGUGAACCUUAUCUUCAAAAAGGCUGUGAAAAUACUGUCAUGGCGCGAGUUCAAAAAGCAAUUAUUGAUGACCCACGUGUUGAACAGGUGCUGCUGCCAGUUCGAGACGGUAUCGCAUUGGUUCGCAGAGUUGAAGACAUUUAAAGACUGUCUGAGCACAAAGUGUCAGCUUUUCAUCAUAUUUUAAAUAAAACCAUGUUUUCAUUAUAAAUUUCAAUAAAGAAUAUAUAUAUUUCUUUAAGAAUUA